AUGGAGGAGUACAUUGUUCCGUUAAAACCGAAAAAGUGCUGUGUACCGAACUGUUUAAAUAGAAGCAGUAAGAGACAUCGUUUUCCGAAAAGUGAUAUCGAUCUUUUUAAAACAUGGCUUCAAAUUAUUAAACCUGUAGAUUGUGAUGAACUCACAAUCGAACAGAUAUACAAUAGAUGUUAUGUUUGUGAAGACCAUUUUUCCUCUGAAUGUUUUGUUCCUGGAACGCGUAGAGGUCUUACAAGAAAUGCAGUGCCUACACUUUUAAUCCCAGCAUAUUCAGGAUUUAAGGACAUUUCGGGAGAAGUAUUGUCUAUUAAUAUAUCCACUACUACCAGCUCUACAUCAUCCGAAAUGUUAACACCGUCCACUGCAGUUAAGUCUUCCGUUUAUGUAUCAGAUGCAGAAAUGGCUGGACCAUCAACUAGGUCACCUACUCCUGGGCCAUUAAGCUUCACUGAAAUACCUGCUUUAUCCAAAGAAGGUAAACUAUAA